CGUCAAGAGUUGUAAAGAUUGGAAAGUUUGUCGGUGAAUCUUCUUCUUGCUGUUCAACAUCUUAAAGUUUAUCUUCUUCUUGCUCCAGAACAUCCUUAAUUCGUCUCCUUCUGCUGCCAAAAUCUCCUCACUGACUCGGUGAAAGACAACAUAUGGAUUUUUAAACACUCUUCGUCCUAAAGCUUGCUCGACUACAGACAAACUAUGGGGUCUUCAGGUGUUUUGGUGACACUUGGGUCAGUGUGUGGCAGCGUCACUGGUGUAGAAGAAUUUCACGGAAGCAGACGACGUAAUGGCGGCAUCGAUCCUUUGCAGAAUAAUUCACCUCGUUUCCACGCUCCACGUUCUCCCUCUCCGGCAGGCUAGCCGCAGCCAAUCACGGGCCGGGACGGGGGCGGAGCCAAGCGAAAGGCAGCGAUUAAUUGGUGAUGGUCACUCUGAUUGGAUGACGGAAAAAGUUGAUUUGUCCUCAUUUGUGUCAACCAGCGAGUCGUCUCCCAGCUCAUCCCUUCCGCCUUCACCAUUAGAACAAGAUGUCAAGGUGCCCUCGGACCUGGAGGUCAUGACCUCUCUCUUGCAGGAGGAGCUGGCUCAGCUGGAGGACUACUUCCGCUCUGAGUCUUCCGAUACGGCAAACAAGUUGGAGAAAUCAUCAAAAUGUGACAAAGCCAUGGGCUCCCCGUCGUAUUACCAGUUACCCUACGGCUCGUACGGGAGCAGCCAAUCAGAAAGCAGCCCUGUGGUUGUUACCUUGGCAACAGGGGACCUGGACCUGGCCAGCUUCUGCGGCGGUCCCAUGGGUCGAUCCAAAAUAUCGCGACCGGCUCCGUACAACUACCACCACCGUUACCACCACAACGGCGGGCGAAGAAUCCUCAGCGAGGCGGUGAAAGUCGGGGAGGAAGUGGGACUGGACGUGUGGGGUUCCAGGGGAAGUUACUCAGGAAGUGAGUUUUCCGUCAACCACUACUCGGCACUGAAGACGGUGAGCAAGAACAGCCUGGGCAGCGUCAAGAAGGUGAGAGAAUGUGCUUUAUCCUUGAAGGAAGAGGAGAGUUAUUGUUUUUCCGAAGGAAUGUUUUGCAGUGAAGAGAUUGCGCGAAGUUUUUGCCUGGGCGGCUCGUAUGAUGGCCACCACAAACGAGAGGGACAGCUGAUGCAUAACGUGAAGGUCAAUGUAAGUUAUGAUAGCACGGGGCUGGAGCUCCUGCACUGUAGCAAAGACGGAGGAGUGCCUGGAAGUAUUCCCCAAGAGACAAUGAUGGCUGCCGACGGCUAUUUCCACCAGUCCAUGGCCGCCGCAGAACCGUACCAUAGCUUUAUCGGUGACCUGGACCCGCCGGCGCAAGCUGUGGAGCCCCAACACGGCCACUACCUCUAUCCAGAAUGCCUUGCGGACCAAAGCUACGAAUGUCUGUCCAGAGGGGAGGGCGAGGGAACGCUGCUGGGUGCCGCCGUCCACCGCCCCUCCCAGAGGCUAAAGGACGAUUCCUGUUCCGUGAAGUCGGCGCUGGCGGUUGGCGCCGCUUGUCUGGAUGUGAGCACUGGGGAAAGGAAGCAGAAGAAGAGGGACCAGAACAAAACCGCUGCUCACAGAUACAGGCUGAGGAAGAGGGCGGAGCUGGACUCGCUGGAGGAGGAGCUUCACGGGCUGGAAGGACAGAACCGGGAGCUCCGCGACAAGGCGGAGUCGGUGGAGCGAGAGAUUCAGUAUGUGAAAGAUUUACUCAUUGAGGUCUACAAGGCUCGCAGCCAGCGGCUGAAACAAGACGGCAGUGCCUGAAGCGCCCACGCCAACCUGACCGGCACCAGGACACUUUUCACGUCUCGCUAAAGUCACCAGGCAGUUGCAUGAUGUUGCUCGUACUUUUCCAAAUGAUAUUGAAUAUUGUUCCUGGAGGGACAAAGACGAACUCUACCAAGCCUUAGGGAGAGGAGAUACUCGUCCGUGACCACUGUGACUUUUUCAUUUCACUAUCUUCAUUUAGCAUUGGACUUCACUGACAAGGAGUGUGUGCACAUACUAAUACAUCAUAGAUUUGUAUUACUGAAAUAUUGCAUGUUUGAUUUGUCCAAAGCAUGCGUGUUUGAUUCUGUUACCUGCAUGGCGUCAUCACCGGACAACUUUCUCUUUCAUUCUCACCUUUUGUUUUAAGGACACCCGAUAUCGUCUUCUUCUUCUCCCCUCCUUGCGGCUGUACUUUGCGAAAAAACAAUCAUGCUAAUCAAUGUGAUGUUUCUGAGAUUCAGGUCCUCGAAAGAACGAGCGUCAGGAAACGAUGAAUCAGGUGAAUUUACAGCCAAAUAAAAGCGUCAUAUUUCAUUCAUCUCCGUUGUGCUUACUUCUGACAAAGCUGUGCAAACAUUCCCAGCCGAACAAGACGCACAUGAUGACAAGCUGUUCCUAUUUUCAUAAAUAUGUUUUCUUUCAUAUUCAAUAUGAUUUACAACAUUGGUGAUGCAAAGAUGUUAGAAUAAACACUUGCUCUUC